CCUUACGAGUAAAUUCCAGUUUUGUCUUAAAAACAACACAAGUUUCUGCGUAACUGUACAAAGUGUUCUCUUCCAAUUUGAUGUCGAGAGGUCAAUAAAGUGAUGAGCUUUUUGUGAUUUUUUCCUCAUUCAAAAUCUUUGCACUUUUUCACUCUCCUUCAAUCUCAAAUUUCUGAGUCUUUCUUGGUUCACUUUCCUUAAACACGAUUUGACAUGGAUGCAAUUUCAUCUCUUGGAACCAAUUGUGUUCUUUCUGGGGUUUCUCCAUUUUCACAAGAGAAUCAAUCAAAAUCGAAACUUUCUCCGUUUAUGAGUCUUGAUUUGAAGGAACAUCCAAUGGCUUCAGCAGAUUUCACCAACCAAACCUUAACCGCUUUCUCUUCUUCCUCUGCGUCUCCUUUUCAGGCAAAGACAUCAUCGAUUGGUAUGAGUAGAGGAAUGAGAUGGUGGGAGAAGUCAACAAAUCACAACAUGUUAGAGAUUCAAUCUGCCAAUCAUCUUGUUGACUCUUUGUUAAACGCUGGAGAUAGAUUGGUUGUUCUUGAUUUCUACUCUCCUGGUUGUGGUGGCUGCAAAUCUCUCCACCCAAAGAUAUGUCAAUUGGCAGAAACAAACCCAAAUGUGAUGUUUCUGAAAGUGAAUCAAGAAGAGCUUAGAACAAUGUGUCAUGGUCUAAACGUUCAUGUGCUGCCUUUCUUUAAGUUCUAUAGAGGAGCAGAGGGUAAAGUCUGUAGCUUCAGCUGCACUAUUGCAACUGUAAGCAAAUAUAUCUGAUGAUCAAAUAACAUUGUGCUGGUUUUAAUAUCAUUGGCACUUAGGUAGUAAACUGAAACUCUUUUUGAUUGAAUGUGCAGAUCAAUAAGUUCAAGAAAGCGUUGGAUAAGCACGGUAGUGAAAGAUGCAGCCUCGGGGAUGCAAAGGGAUUAGACGAGAAGGAACUCGCGGCUUUGGCAUCGGUUGGUGAACUGAAAAUGAAUUCUUUAACAAUGCAUCAAGCUAGCAACAUUGGUUAUAAAACAGAGGAGCAAUAUCAAACGAUGGUGUUAUAAAGAGAUGACUUUUUUCAUUAAGGUUCUUAUUGAAUUGUAGAUAUUAGUAUUAUUUGUGCUUGGUUUGGCACUUACAUUCAUUUUAGUUUCACACCAUUACUACCAGUGGCAAUUUCAAUUAACUGAUAAGAUUGAAUCAAUCUUUGGCUCUUAUGAUUAUAUUGUGAUAAAUCUUGUAGCUUCAACUUUUUUAAUACAAUCUCUUUUACAAUAUGAAAGAUCAAUGGAUUAAGAUCUUAACACAGUUUCAAGAGCAAGAUUUCAAUAUUGUUGUAAAGAAACUCUUAACAGGUUUUGUUAGAUCCGAAAUCAGCUAUCUAAUCCAAUCAGAUAAGAAAGUUUUGGUUUUGACUAAUCUAGUAUAUUUAAAAACAGGUUAUGAAAGGCUUUACCUCAGCGUCAAGAUUGUAAUCAUGUAUAUCAGAUCUGAUGAUUAUUUUGAAAUCCAUCAUUGGUAAAGCCUUUUUCACUUUUAAAAAUCAAAUCAAAAACAGGUUUUCUAAAAACUGAAAAUAAAUGAGAUAAAGUUUUAUGCAUCAGAGAGAUUCCCAUUAUAGACUAUAGUCAACACAGAAUAUUUUCUGAUGUCCCUGUCUGUUAAUCGUCACUUGCAAACAACACAAAUCUAAAACACCAGAUGAUACCAAGUUGAAAAGAACCUUUAAACUUGAAAAAAAAUCUUCAAAGUAAUUAAAAGUUAUAAACCAUCAAA